AGGAAACGUAAAAAAGCAAAGCUAAGUUUCAAAGCCCUAGUGAGCACCGGCACAGCUAGUCUAAACCUUGCAUUAGCCUCCGCUAUAAAUAGAUUGCCUAACACCACUUCCAUAAGCCAUCCAAAGUCCCUACGACACCCAUCCUGGUUUUACGUACUGAAACAUGGAUUGUAAAUCUUGGGGUUCCAGGGAUAUUGUUUUUUUGUGCAUUAUUGUUUUGUCUUUGAUCCAUGUUUCAUUGGGUGCAAAGGUUAGGCAUUUCAAAUGGGAAGUGGAAUACAUGUACGGAGCUCCAGAUUGUCAAGAACAUGUUGUGAUGGGUAUCAAUGGCCAGUUCCCAGGGCCAACCAUUAGAGCUAAAACAGGAGACACCAUUGUUGUUGAUCUCACUAACAAGCUUCAUACCGAGGGAGUUGUCAUUCACUGGCAUGGAAUUAGACAGCUUGGAACACCAUGGGCGGAUGGGACUGCUUCUAUUUCGCAAUGUGCGAUCAACCCAGGAGAGACUUUCGAAUACAGGUUCAAAGUUGAUAGGCCUGGAACGUACUUCUAUCACGGGCACUAUGGAAUGCAGAGAUCAGCAGGGUUGUAUGGGUCCCUGAUCGUGGAUAUGGCAGAUGGUGAAAAAGAACCAUUCCAUUAUGAUGCUGAGUUUAAUCUCUUGUUGAGUGAUUGGUGGCACAAAAGUGUUCAUGAGCAAGAGGUUGGCCUUUCCUCCAAUCCCUUCCGUUGGAUCGGUGAGCCACAGAGUCUGCUGAUUAAUGGAAGAGGGCAAUACAAUUGCUCAUUGGCUUCCAAAUUUAGUAAUUCAUCCAUUAGCCAAUGCAAGUUCGAAGGAAAUGAAAAAUGUGCACCCCAAGUCUUGAAAGUCCGACCAAACAAAACCUACAGGCUCAGGAUUGCCAGCACCACUGCUUUAGCUUCACUCAACUUGGCCAUUGAGGGUCACAAAAUGGUGGUGGUGGAAGCUGAUGGGAACCAUGUGCAACCAUUUGCUGUUAAUGAUUUGGAUAUAUAUUCAGGGGAAAGCUACUCAGUGUUGUUAAGAACAGACCAAAACCCUUACAAGAACUAUUGGGUUUCAAUUGGUGUCAGAGGGAGAGAUCCCAAAACCAACCAAGCCUUAACCCUUUUGAGCUAUUCUGCCACCCCUGCAUCAAAGCUCCCUACAACUCAACCCCCUGUAACACCUCGAUGGGACGAUUACAAUCACAGCAAGGCCUUCACCAAAAGCAUAUAUGCACUCAUGGGAUCACCUCAGCCACCCAAGACUUAUGACCGUCGGAUCAUCCUUCUCAACACUCAGAACCGACUCAAUGGGUUCGUCAAGUGGGCCAUCAACAAUGUGUCCUUGGUGUUGCCUUCCACUCCUUAUUUGGGGUCCAUUAAAUUUGGUCUCAACAAUGCUUUUGACCAAAAAACACCCCCAGACAACUACGAUAGCAGCUAUGACAUCAUGAAGCCUGCACCCAACCAGAAUACAACACAAGGGAGUGGGGUUUACACCAUUACUUUAAACACCACUGUGGAUGUGAUCCUUCAAAACGCCAACGCCUUAGCAAAGGAUGUUAGUGAAAUACAUCCAUGGCAUUUGCAUGGACACGAUUUCUGGGUGUUGGCAUAUGGAGAAGGGAAGUUCAAAAACGGAGAUGAAAAGACAUUUAACUUGAAGAACCCACCAUUAAGAAACACUGCAGUGAUUUUCCCAUUUGGGUGGACUGCAUUGAGGUUUGUUGCGGAUAAUCCAGGGGUUUGGGCAUUUCACUGCCACAUUGAGCCACAUUUGCAUAUGGGGAUGGGGGUUAUUUUUGCUCAAGGUGCCCAUCGUGUAGGUCAAAUACCAAAAGAGGCUCUUGCUUGUGGAUUAACAGGAAACAAGCAGAACUGAGAGACUGAUUUGAGCUAAUUUAUGUAUUAGGCUAUUUGGUGUCAGGCUUUUUUUCUUUAUUUGCUGGUGUUUGUUAGAUGGGGUUGGUCUUGGUUAAGGAAAAAGGGUAGGCUACUUGUCAAGGGCUAGCCAUGGACAAUGGUUCUAGUUUGGGCCUGGUCUUGUCUUGGUAUAAUAUGUAUCUCAUGUCAGGUCAUUUGGGCAUUGGCUAAAGUCUCCAAGUCCAUCUUGUUUCAAUGGGUUGAGGGAAACUAUGUUUGACAACUUGCAAGUCGCACUUAAACUUCAAUAAUAUCGAAUUCCGCUAUUGCCAAA